AUGGUAGAUAGGCAGACUAGUGGGCCAGUGCGUGGAGCUCUACGCCUAAACGGGCGGAUGAUUUCUACAUUGCCAUUGACCGUCCCCUCAUCAGGGUGGCGCAUACUUUCCACUUUCUCGGAAACUACAGGGAAGAUUGCGAUCGGAGGCCGGAGUAUUCAGAUCUUGACGUUGAAAAAUAUGGCAACUGCUCAAUGA